GGUACUUAUGGCUAUGGAUUGGCAAUUUGCAGUAUAGAGAGAGAGAGAGAGAAAGAGAGAGAGCCCACCCGGCCAUCUCUUUCAAUUUCAAAAUCAAAUUGAGAGAAUCUUGUUUCAGCUGUUGGGCUUGUGAGUGAAUGAGUGAGUGAAGAGAGAAUAUUUACUCGUCUCGUCUCAUCAGCUACACACACACUUUCGCUCUCUUCCUUCCAUGACCCUGCUGCGGUGCAGAGCUCAAGCACACAGACACAGGACAGGACAAGAAUUUCCAACCAAAACCCAUCCCAGAAUAGAAUGGGUUUUGUCUCCCUCUCCUUGCUUGCAUUUCUUUGCUUAAUUCCAUCAAUUUGCUGCCAAGUUUCAGAAUUCAUCAGCAUAGACUGUGGAGGAGCGACAAAUUACACAGAUAAUACCACUGGUUUGGAAUGGCGUACGGAUACCGGAAUCAUAGCGCAAGGCAAAUCAGUGAGAGUGGAAAACGCAUACGGGAACUCACAGCAGUAUCAAACUAGGAGAGAUUUCCCCAUAGACGGCAAAAAGUACUGCUACAAGCUCACCACAUCGGAGCGAAGGCGCUAUAUUGUCCGGGCCACGUUUCUCUACGGGAACUCCGUGAGCGAAGGGACGUAUCCCAAGUUUCAGAUAUAUCUGGACGCUACAAAAUGGUCGACGGUCACAGUCAUGGAAGCCUCGAGGGUUUAUGUCAAGGAAAUGAUCAUUAGAGCGCCGCCGUCUCCGUCGCAUUCCAUCGACGUCUGCUUGUGCUGCGCCACCACCGGCUCCCCCUUCAUAUCCACGCUCGAGAUGCGGCCAUUGAACCUCUCCAUGUACGCCACUGAUUACGAGGAUGAUUUCUAUUUGAAGGUUGCAGAGCGAAUCAAUUUUGGGGCUCCCACCCAAGAUGCUAUAAGGUAUCCUGAUGAUCCAUAUGAUCGAAUAUGGGAAUCCGAUCAAGCUCGAAGGCCUAACUUCCUGGUCGGCGUGGCUCCGGGGACACUAAGAAUCAACACUACCAAGAACGUUGAUGUGAGCACCAGAGAAUACCCUCCUGUAAAAGUUAUGCAAACAGCAGUUGUUGGUACUCAGGGAAUCCUCAGCUACAGGUUAAACCUUGAGGAUUUCCCAGCUAAUGCCCGAGCUUUCGCCUACUUCGCCGAAAUCGAAGAUCUACCAGCAAACGAAACGAGGAAAUUUAAAAUGGAUCAGCCAUACAUGCCUGACUAUAGUAAUGCAGUGGUGAACAUAGCAGAGAAUGCCAAUGGAAGUUACACGCUGUAUGAGCCUAGCUACAUGAAUGUAACUCUGGAUUUUGUCUUGACAUUCUCGUUUGUGAAAACCCGGGAUUCUACUCAAGGACCACUUCUGAAUGCAAUGGAAAUUAGCAGAUAUGUGGAGAUUGCUGCCAAGACAGAUCCGAGAGAUGUGAGCAGCCUCAGGUCUCUAGUUUUAACUUCACAGCAAAGUGAAUGGGCAACAGAAGGUGGCGAUCCUUGCGUGCCUACGACUUGGGAGUGGGUUUCUUGCAGCUCUACCACUCCACCAAGAAUCAACAAGAUUUUUCUGUCAGGUAAGAACAUAAAGGGUGAAAUCCCACAGGAGAUUCAGAACAUGGAAGGAUUGACGGAACUGUGGCUAGAUGGAAACUCAUUCAGCGGGCCAAUUCCUGACUUGAGUAACCUUGUCAAUUUGGAAAUACUGCAUCUAGAGAACAACCAACUGACUGGUCCAGUCCCUUCCUUCCUCGGUAACCUGCUGCAACUGCGAGAGCUGUAUAUACAAAACAACUCUUUUAGUGGGAAAAUACGGCCAUCGUUGUUGAAAGGAAACUUCACUUUUAGAUAUGAUGGUAAUCCUCAUCUUAGACAAGUGCAAAAAGCACCUAACAAAUUAGUGAUUGGAACUUCAGUGGCUGUGGUGGCUGUUCUUUUCGUUCUAUCCAUAUUAAGCAUAAUCUUGCUUUAUCGAGCAAGGGCGAAGUCAAGUUUACAUAGGAAUGAAAAAGGUAGUUCACGGCGCACCAACACCAAGCCUCUGGCUGCACAUUCGAUUGCACGAGGGGGGUCUUUAAUGGAUGAGGGGGUAGCAUACUACAUUCCAAUUCCAGAUAUAGAAGAAGCAACAAACAACUUUUCAAAGCAAAUUGGAAAAGGAAGUUUUGGACCAGUUUAUUAUGGGAAAAUGAAGGACGGAAAGGAGAUUGCCGUGAAAAUCAUGGCUGACUCAUCCAGCCAUGGGACUAAACAAUUUUUCACUGAGGUUGCACUGUUGUCCAGGAUCCAUCACAGGAAUUUGGUUCCUCUAAUUGGGUAUUGUGAGGAAGAGCAUCAGCGCAUGCUUGUCUACGAGUACAUGCAUAAUGGAACCUUACGCGACCACAUACACGAUUCUCAAAACCAUAAACACUUGGACUGGUCAACACGGCUUCAUAUUGCUGAAGAUGCAGCUAAAGGUCUGGAGUACUUGCACACAGGGUGUAAUCCGAGUAUCAUUCACCGUGAUGUGAAAACAAGCAACAUCCUCCUUGAUAUAAACAUGAGAGCAAAAGUUUCAGACUUUGGCCUAUCAAGACAAGCUGAAGAAGAUCUUACACACGUAUCAAGUGUAGCAAGAGGAACCGUGGGCUAUCUCGACCCUGAGUAUUAUGCAAACCAACAACUGACUGAAAAAAGUGAUGUAUAUAGUUUCGGGGUGGUUCUCCUGGAACUCAUUUCAGGGAGAAAGCCCGUCUCGACAGAGGAAUUUGGUUCCGACUGGAGCAUUGUUCAUUGGGCAAGGUCACUGAUCCGCAAAGGAGAUGUGGUCAGCAUCAUCGAUCCUACGCUGGUAGGAUCAGUGAAAGUAGAGUCGAUUUGGAGAAUAGCAGAAGUAGCAAUACAAUGUGUGGAACAGCAUAGCUACUCCCGGCCAAGAAUGCAAGAGAUUAUAGUGGCAAUACAGGAUGCCGUCAAGAUUGAGAAAGGAACAGAUAAGAUAGAUUCAUCUGAGAGCUCGAGAGGACAAUCCUCGAGAAAAACUCUUCUAACAAGCUUUCUUGAGAUACAGAGCCCUGACAUUUCCAACGGAUCGUUAGUCCCUUCCGCCCGAUGAGAUUCUCCGGCCACAGCCCGAAUACUGUGUGAGCUAGCUAGCUAGCUGUUUAUUUAUGAACAAAGUGUUGAUAUAAUCCAGCAGCUGAUAACCCUGUUUGUUUCUUUGUGUUUCUGUUUGUAUUAUAUAUAUAUAUAUAUAGAAAAGUAAU